AUGGUUCCUUCAUCUCCUCCUCCCCGCAAAUGUAUUCUUACCCCUGCACAACUCGCUUGGUUCCAGACCUCGGACACUCACAAACUCAUCGUAGAGUACAUUGAAAUGCUCAAUGAAUCAGUCGUAGGCGCAAAAUUGUCUGAUGAGGUGGUAGAAUCGGAAGCAGUCAAAGCAAUCCUAGCGAUUCUGGAUCAGGUAGAAUCUAUCGCAAGAGAUACACCUCCAGUGGAUAACUCCUCGUCGAGGUUUGGUAAUCCAGCGUUCAGAACGUUUUAUGAUAAAAUUGCAGAGAUCGCGCCCACCCUACACGCUAAAAUCCCAUCUCUCCCACCUCAAACCAUCCCAGAAAUAUCUCUUUACUUUAUCGAAUCGUGGGGUAACCGCUCCAGGAUUGAUUACGGAAGUGGAAUGGAGAUGAAUUUCUUGUGCUGGUUAUUGACUCUGCACAAACUCCAAAUCCUCUCCGCCGCUGACUCUAAACCCCUCGUCCUCCGUGUUUUUUGGAGAUACAUCCGUGUUAUGCGGCUUCUUCAAUCCACGUACUGGUUGGAACCAGCUGGUUCACAUGGUGUAUGGGGCUUGGAUGAUUAUCACUUCUUGCCCUUCUUAUGGGGAGCGGCGCAGUUGCGAGGCCACAAAUAUAUUCGUCCCAAGUCUAUCCACGACCCAGAGAUCGUAGAAGAAUACGCGAAAGAAUACAUCUAUUUCGCUUGUAUACAAUUCAUCAACUCCAUAAAAACCGCCUCUCUGCGCUGGCACUCACCCAUGCUCGACGACAUCUCCGCUGUGAAAACAUGGGACAAGGUUAAUUCUGGGAUGAUCAAGAUGUAUAAAGCCGAAGUACUUGGGAAGCUCCCGGUCAUGCAACAUUUUCUUUUUGGGUCUAUCAUACCUUACGAGGGUCCGCCCCCACCGAUGGAUGAGGAUUUCGCUGUUGAUGCCUAUAUAGGGCAUACCCAUCCACACCCUCCGUUGGGGAACGUCGGGUCAAGUCACACGAAUGAAGCAAGUGGUGUAAGCCCAAGAGACAUCGCCGGAGGUUGGGGAGACUGUUGUGGGAUUCCCGUACCUUCGGCGUUUGGGGCUGCAAGGGCGGAGCAGCAAGGGAAUACUCAUCAUAGCAAUAUGCUGCCGAUGGAUAGAUUUGGUGGUGGUGGUGGUCCAGGAGCAAAUAUAGGGUUGAUAGGAAAGGGGAUUAGGCCUGUCCCGUUCGAUUGA